AUGCGUUUCGCGGUCAAGUCUCUACUGCCACUGGCAAUUGCCGGACUGGCAGAGGGUCUUGGACAACAACCAGUCAUCAGCUUCACCAGUGUCCAUGGCGCUUUUCAACUUGCUGGCGGUUCUAUCGCAAGACCGCAGAUCUUGGUCUCGAGCAAUGACUAUUGGGGUGUCAUUCGUGCUGCAGGGGAUUUGGCGACAGACUUUGGCCGGGUGACGGGCACGAACCUCACGCUGAGCAAUGGCGAAGCUGGGGCCGCCUCCGCUGUCUACCAGUACCAGCCAGCCGCCGCCAACUAUACAGUAUACUCAACCAACGGCACGGGAUUCUUCCACGGCCCCAACUACACUAAUCCGUCUGCCGGAGACACGGUCAUCAUCGCAGGCACCGUCGGGCAGUCGAAAAUCAUCGACGAGCUCGUUUCGAACAAUAAGCUAGAUGUUUCCGGAAUUCAAGACGGUUGGGAGUCGUUUGUGCUGAAGGUCGUCGACAAUCCCUUCAGUGGAUGCCCCAAGGCCGUGGUAAUUGCCGGCAGCGAUCCACGCGGAACCAUCUUCGGACUCUACGACAUCAGUGAACAGAUUGGUGUCAGCCCCUGGUAUUUCUGGGCCGAUGUACCUGUGCGCCAGAACAAGAAUAUUUGGUUUCUGCCCGACGGAAAAGUACAGGGGCCUCCAUCUGUCAAGUAUCGUGGUUUGUUCUUGAAUGACGAACAGCCCGGUCUGUCUGGAUGGGUGAGUUGGAACUUCAAGGACACACCGUAUGGCGACGGUUACAACCGAGACUUCUACCCGCAUGUCUUCGAGCUUCUGCUGAGGUUGCGUGCCAACUACCUAUGGCCAACACUCUGGGGCAGCAUGUUUGAGGUUGAUGAUCCUGCCAAUCAACCUUUGGCUGAUGCGUGGGAGAUAGUGCUGGGAAGCUCCCACACAGAGCCAAUGAUGCGUGCGCAGAAUGAGUUCGGCACGUUUUAUAUCAACAAGGGCCUCGGGCCCUGGGCCUACAACUUGAACAACAAGACCAUAGACACCUACUUUGAGUACGGCGCCCAAAGGGCUAAACCGUAUGCCCGAAACAGCCUCUGGACAAUGGGCAUGCGAGGCACUGGCGACACAGCUAUCGAAGGUCUAGGCUCACAGGCCAUUGUCAACAUGCUGCAAGUACUCGUGGAGCACCAGAGGAAUAUCAUAGAAGAUGUUCUUGACACGAACAUCACCGAUGUUCCCCAGAUGUGGUGCCUUUAUAAAGAGGUUGCCUCGUAUUUCCUUGAUGGCCUUCAGGUCCCUGACGACAUCACACUACUCUGGGCCGAUGAUAACUGGGGCAACGUGCGAAGAGUUCCCAUCCAAAAUGAGACGGCCAGAGCUGGUGGCGCUGGAGUUUAUUACCACUUCGAUUACGUUGGAGACCCCAGAAACUACAAGUGGAUCAACACUAUUCAGCUCGAGAAGACAGCGGAGCAGAUGCAACUCGCUUAUACCCAUGGAGCAGACCGCAUCUGGAUCGUCAACGUGGGCGACUUGAAGUCCCUGGAACUCCCAAUUAGCCAUUUCCUCGACAUGGCCUACGAUGCAGAGCAGUGGGGAGUCGAUAAGGUAGAUGUGUGGCUUUCUGCCUGGGCCGCUCGAGAGUUUGGUUCCGACUUUGCUGCAGAAACCGUGGACAUUCUGACUCGCUAUGGCAUGUAUGCGGGUCGUAGAAAGUUUGAACUUCUCGAGCCGCAAGUAUACUCGGUCAUCAACUACAAUGAGGCCGAUGCGAUCCUUGAGCAAUGGGCUGAUCUCGCUGCGGAUGCGCAGGCUGUAUACGACAAACUGGACCCCAGCUACCAGGCUGCGUUCUUUGAAAUGGUCUUGCACCCGGUCCUUGGUGGAAAGAUUGUGCACCAGAUCCAAAUUAGCGCCGCGAGGAACAUUGUCUACGCAAAUCAACACCGAAGCUCAGCAAAUGCCGUUGCAAAUGACGUUCUCUCUUACAUGAACGAUGACGGGAAUCUAACUGCUAGAUGGGAUGACCUUCUUGACGGGAAGUGGGAGAACAUUAUGGAUCAAACACAUUUUGGAUACGACGGCUACUGGCAACAGCCAAUGCGAAAUGUUGGACCGGCUUUAGCUUUCGUACAACCCGGCGUGACAGCAACUGCUGGUGCUGUUGGUAUUGCAGUCGAAGGGCUGAAUGCUAGUAUUCCAGGUGAUGACAAGUACCACGCAAAUUCUGGAAACUCCCUGACCUUGCCAUCCCUUGACCCUUAUGGACCUGCCACUCGCUGGUUUGACGUAUUCUCCCGCGGUACGGUGGCCUGUGACUGGACGGCACAAGCCGAUAAGUCUUGGGUCAAGUUGUCCAAGCACAAUGGCACAGUCGGUCCUGGCAACGGCACCGACUCCCGGGUUUACGUGUCUAUCGACUGGGAAUCAGCCCCGCAGAUUACCAACAACACCGCUAGUACCAUCAAAUUCACCACCAACUGUGGCCGCAGAGGAUUUGGUGCUUGGUAUGGGGCGCCAACUGUGCAACUCCCCAUUAAUCUUCGCACCAUCCCUUCCAACUUCUCGACUGGGUUCGUGGAGUCAGACAAGUACGUCUCUAUCGAAGGACCAAAUUAUCAGAGGAUCUACACCCCUUCCAACAGUACCAGCUCAAACAUUACAUAUCACACGUUGAAGAAUUACGGCAGAACAUAUGGUGGUGUUAGUCUGUGGCCCCAAAAUGCACAGCCUGUCACCCCCGACUCCGGUCCAGCGUUGGAAUACGAUCUCUAUCUUUUCACCAAUGCCUCAAACGUCAAUGUCACUCUGUAUCUGAGCCCGACCCAGAACUAUCUAUCAGAUCGAAAUCCUCUUCAAUUUGCCGUUUCCAUGUUCCCUGCUGGUUCAUCGCAGGCAACGCCGAAAACCGUACGCUUUAUUGGGGACAGUAUUGGGCUAGACAUGCCUCCAUCGUGGGGUUACGCAGUUGGUGACUCCGUGUGGGGUCAUCAUCCAAGCCAUAACACCACUACGCGGUGGAAUGUUACCCAGGAAGGUGCCUAUAAGCUUCGGGUCUGGGGCUUGGCACCGAGCGUAAUUGUCCAGAAGGUCAUCGUGGAUCUAGGUGGUGUGAGAUCAAGUUACCUUGGACCGCCUGAGAGCUUCCUCGUUGGACGAGAUCAGGAGGGCGCAUUCAACGGUACCAGUUUCGCAAAUCAGGUCACCGUCCUAGGGGCUAUCGGAGGAUCGAAAGAGAGAGCAGACGAUGCAAAUGGCGGAGACAAAAUAAUGGUGGGCACGAAGAUGACUAUACUGUUGACCUUGGCAGUUGCCUUGUUUGCAUCUCUGUAG